CGGCGAGACUUGAGACGAGACUGGCAGAGUGCGGAAGUCGCGGGAAGAUUUGAGACCAGCUGCUUUUGGGAGGGUUUUUAUCCGGUUUUGGGACUCAAUGGCUGUAACGCUGCACACAGAUGUGGGCGACAUCAAGAUAGAACUGUUCUGCGAGCAGAGCCCGAAAGCGUGUGAGAAUUUCUUGGCUCUUGCUGCAAGUGACUACUACAAAGGCACUGUUUUUCACAGGAACAUCAAAGGGUUCAUGGUACAAACGGGAGAUCCCACUGGGACAGGGAAGGGGGGGUCCAGCAUCUGGGGAGGCAAGUUUGAAGAUGAAAUCAACGACACAUUAAAGCACAACGUCCGCGGGGUGGUUUCCAUGGCAAACAGCGGGCCCAACACCAACGGUUCUCAGUUCUUCAUCACGUACGCCAAACAGCCGCAUCUCGACAUGAAGUACACCAUCUUUGGAAAGGUCAUAGACGGUCUGGACACAUUAGAUGAGCUGGAGAAACUUCCGGUGGAGGAGAGAACCUACAGACCACUGUCUGAUGUCAGAGUAUCUGACAUCACCAUUCAUGCCAACCCCUUCGCUGACUAGUGGAACAGUCCAGAAUAUCCAAUAUCAUCAUUUAUGACAACCCCUUCUGUCCAGUCAAUACCCUUUAGCCCCAACUUUGUAUUUUUGUGCCCCAGGAAUCGAAAGGCAAAGAUGUUACCAACAGAAUAUAUACAUUAAUUUUCCACCUGUGCAACUGUGUUGGUCCAGUUUUUAAAUUGGGUUAUUUCUUUUGACAGAAUUCAAUUAUUAACUCUCAACAGUAUUCCGUGUAGG